AUGCAAGUCGUCCGCGGCUAUGCGCCGGACCAAGGGAAAUUCUUGGUGACUCAAUGGAACCUGGCGAAGUGUUACUGGCGCUUUGGCACCGUAGACGUCAAGAACAGUGGCAGCGGGCAGGUGGAUGAGGAUUAUGUGCCUCCCACAGAUGGUGCCCUGGGUGCAGGAAGCGGGCUCAAGCGGGUGCUUCCCAUGACAGUGGAACCCCCUUUGACCGUUACACCUGUACUAGAGAUUGAUCACCUUCUCAUCCUGGAAGUGGAAGAAACAUACUUCGGGGCCUUCGGGGACGUAUUGCACCUCAUCUUCUACAGCUUCAUGGGCAGCAUCAGCAGCGCGAUGCUCGUGGCUCCGCCGGUCACAGCUGCAGUGCCUUGGGAAAGUGCGGUGCAGGGGGAGGUUCUGAGAUCGUUUGGAUGUGCGCGCUGGGACUCUGCUGAAUCGAACCCAGAUGCGGCUCUGCGGGCUGUGAUAGACCACCUUAGGUUCAAGCGGGACCAAGUGCCCAGCGACGGCAAGUACAGAUUGCAGCCCUCGACGGUGUCAGAUCUGGCGCUAGACAGCAAGACCUGGAGUUCGGCCGUGAUCGGAACUUUGUCGGAGUGGCUGGAGACGUCUAGCCAGAGCUACUGCCUGCAGUCCUUGGAGCAGGAAUUGAGCUGGGCGUCUCAUUUGGGCGUCUACGGCAUCAUCCUACCUUCUCCGCCCAACAGCUGUGAGCUGUUUGCAGCUGCGCUGAGCCGCAUUGGCCUUGGAAGCAUAUGCACCACGCAGCUGAUGGUGCGAAUCCCUUUGCUUAGACAAGUCGAUGGUGCAGAGGUAGAUGGUUGGAACUCCUGGAACGCCUUGCGCCUGCUGUGCGAUCAGAAUCCGCGGCUGCAGGUAUGCCUGGAGUUGACGGAGGACCUCCCGGAGACAGACCGAGAGCUGCACAGGUGGCUGGCAGAGCCAGUCCGCUCUGUGAUCAUCCCGACGGAUGCCUUCUUGACGAACAAGCAGGGCUUCCCCGUCCUCUCCAAACGCCACAAAGCGUUCCUUCUGCAGCUCUUCAGGAACAAGGUGCAGGUGAUCUUGCAGGGCUUACCUGAGGGCGCCAAAGAGACCGAGACCGAGAAGUACUUGCACUAUGUAGCGCGGCUUUUUCAGUCCCGGCCUGCCCCAACAGCACAGGAGCAGUUUGAGACCCCGUAUCACGAUUGGCUUCAGGCGCCCUUGCAGCCCCUGCAAGACAACCUGGAAUCUCAGACGUACGAGACCUUCGAAAAGGACCCCGUGAAGUACGUGCAGUACGAGGAGGCGAUCCACCGAUGCCUGCAGGACAAGCUGGCAGCCGGCAAAAAGCAACUGGUCGCCAUGGUGGUGGGCGCCGGCCGCGGGCCUCUGGUGGUGGCCGUUCGAAGUGCUGCGGUUCGCGCAGGCGCCCAAGUGAAGAUCUGGGCGGUGGAGAAGAAUCCCAACGCCGUGGUCACUCUGAGGCACCGCUGCGCGGUGGAGGAGUGGACCAAUGUGGAGGUCAUCGGAGAAGACAUGCGCUUCUGGGACGCUCCUCGGAAGGCGGACCUGAUCGUGUCUGAGCUCUUGGGCUCCUUCGGCGACAAUGAGCUAAGCCCCGAGUGCUUGGAUGGUGCCCAACGCUUCUUGGAGCCCGACGGCGCCUGCAUCCCUUCAAAGUACACCUCUAGCCUCACGCCUGUGACCACGCACAAGCUGUGGAACGACGUGAAGAACUACAAUGACUUGGCCCACUUUGAGACAGCGUAUGUGGUGAAGUUCCACCAGGCCUUCUAUCCGACCUCUCAGGUUGAGAAGUGCUUCGAGUUUUCCCAUCCCAACUGGGAGCUCAGCAGCAACGACCGGUACGCGCAGAUUGAGUUUACCUCGGAGGUGGAUGCGCUCGUGCAUGGCUUCGCUGGCUACUUCCACUGCGAGCUUUAUGCAGGCCUUAGCGUGUCCAUCAACCCAGAGAGCUACUCCGAAGGCAUGUUUUCUUGGUUCCCCAUCUACUUCCCCCUGCGAACACCGGUGAAUUUGAAGCGCGGCGAGAAGCUCACGAGUCACUGGUGGAGGUGUAGCAACGACCGCAAGGUGUGGUACGAGUGGGCCGUCACGGCCCCAACACCGCAGCCCAUCCAUAAUCCUGGUGGCAGAUCGUACUCCGUCGGGAAAUGA